AUGUUAAGAUUACCAAGAAAUUGUUGCUUGAAAAACAUACUCUCAGUCUCCAUUUUUUCACUUCAAAUAAGGAAUUUACGUUUUCCGGAAGUUCUUGAUUUAAGCUUCUGCUUCGACAUUCAGGAAAUCAAUCUGCAAGCAUCCGUAUUUUAUUCCAGUCCUUAUUUUCAGCAUAUUUCGUUCAAAGUUAAUUGUGCUGAUAAGAAAAAAAAUAAUGAAAUGAAAGCUGUAAUAUAUUUAGAAUACUUAGGAAAUGAAACUGAGUGGAAAACUUGUGAUUGUGAAAGAAUUUUAACAUUUUCUGUUUUGUACAAGUUCCGUAGAAGUCGUGUACCUAGCCCAGGAAACGACAAGUCAUCUUCCUUCAUGGCAUCAGGUAGCAAUGGAAAUGAAGCAUCAGGAUCUGAGACAAAAUCGAAGCCAAGGUCAAGAUACAAUCAUGAACCAUGUUCACCUCUCCAUUCAUUUCCCUCGUCACUUGUGGAAAAUGAAAACAAAGACCCCAAAAGCUUUCUUAACAAGAAAUAUAAAUAUCUAAAAGAAGCUACAUUGAUGUUUCAUUUGUAUAAGAAAACAUAA